GCCGCUUUCAUUUCGCGAACUUCACGAGCAAACUGAGUGGAUGGCUGGACCGCACACUGGACAGGAGUUUCAGUGAAGGAACGAGAAACAAGGGCAUAUCGGAAAGGAUCCUCUAAACACAUUGUUGGCCUGUCUAGAGAGCGAUUUUGGGAAUGUUUUCCUUGUCAACAACAGUCCAACCACAGGUCACUGCCCCCCUGAGUCACCUGAUCAAUGCCCUCCAAUACCUGAAGACCGCAGUGGGCAGCAGCGCCGCUGCUAAACCUCAGCAUAGAGAGCAUGCCUCGGAACAGGACUUGCAGAGCACAGAGCCCACGUGGAGCCUGAGGGACCUGGGCCUGUCUGACCUGGGCGUGGGGCAGCUGGACGAGCUAAUAAGCACUAUAUUACCACGUCUGAGUCAACAGGGGGCGCUGUCCUCAUCCAGCCCCAGCCAACAGGCCUGGAGGACCUCUCACCUCUCCUCACAUUCCUUCUUCCACAACAAGCAUGGGUUCUCUGGUGGUAAAAUGGGCACCUCCUACCCUGUUUUCUGCAAACAGAUCCCUUCCCCUCUUCAAGCCGUUUGUACAGAGCUCCGCUAUUGGCCAGUGUGGAUCCAGAACAGAGGCUUUAAAACUCUAGGGAAACACAAGCGACUGCAGGCAGGCUUUGAGCGUCCCAUGGAAUCAGAUGGCUUUACACCCUCCUUUAUGAAGGGCCUCCUGACGCGUGAUAAGGGGAUGSAGGUGGAAACCUUGGACACGCUUAUAAAGAACAAGAAUAUUCCCGAUGGGCAGCAAGAUUCUUUCAAGACCGGGUUUGCUGAGGGCUUCCUGAAAUCCCAAGCUCUGACACAGCGCACACAAGACUCUCUGAGGAGGACGAGGCUGGUCCUGCUGGUCCUGCUGCUCCUGGGACUCUACGGCCUCUCCAAGACCCCCUUCCUAUCGGUAYGAUUCCGAACCACAUCAGGCCUGGACUCAGCGGUGGACCCUGUCCACAUGAAGAAUGUGACGUUYGAGCACGUAAAAGGGGUGGAGGAGGCCAAGAAUGAGUUGCAGGAGGUGGUGGAGUUCCUCCGGAGCCCAGAGAAGUUCACCGUCCUCGGAGGGAAACUGCCAAGAGGGAUCUUGCUGGUUGGCCCUCCUGGUACUGGGAAGACUCUGUUGGCCAGAGCCGUGGCUGGAGAAGCCAACGUCCCAUUUUAUUAUGCCUCUGGCUCUGAGUUUGAUGAGAUGUUUGUGGGGGUUGGAGCCAGUCGCAUCAGGAACCUCUUCAAGGAAGCCAAAGCAAAUGCGCCGUGCGUGAUCUUCAUUGACGAGUUGGACAGCGUCGGCGGGAAGAGGAUUGAGUCUCCCAUGCACCCCUACUCCAGACAGACCAUCAACCAGCUACUGGCUGAGAUGGACGGGUUCAAACCAAACGAAGGGGUCAUUAUCAUUGGAGCGACAAACUUCCCUGAGGCUUUGGAUAAUGCUCUGAUUCGACCGGGACGUUUCGACAUGCAGGUCACCGUCCCCAAGCCAGAUGUGAAGGGGCGCACAGAGAUCCUCAACUGGUACCUUAGGAAGAUCAAAGUAGACCCUGAUGUGGAGGCUGGGAUCAUCGCCAGGGGAACGGUGGGCUUCACCGGGGCCGACCUGGAGAACCUGGUCAACCAAGCGGCUCUGAAGGCGGCGGUGGAUGGCAAAGACAUGGUGACCCUCAAAGAGCUGGAGUUCGCCAAGGACAAGAUCCUCAUGGGCCCAGAGAGGAGGAGUGUGGAGAUAGACAAAAAGAACAAGGAGAUCACGGCGUACCACGAGUCUGGCCACGCUGUCGUGGCGUACUACACCAAGGAUGCCAUGCCCAUCAACAAGGCCACCAUCAUGCCCAGAGGACCUACGCUGGGUCAUGUGUCCAUGCUCCCAGAUGAUGACCGCUGGAGCGAGACGCGAGCUCAGCUGCUGGCCCAGAUGGACGUCAGCAUGGGAGGCCGUGUGGCAGAGGAGAUCAUAUUUGGCAAUGAGUUCAUCACCACUGGUGCAUCAAGUGACUUUGAUGCUGCCACCAGAAUUGCAAAAAUGAUGGUGACCAGAUUUGGUAUGUGUGAGAGKCUGGGAGUCAUGACCUACACUGACCAAACCAAGCAGAGCCCAGAGACACAGGCUGCCAUCGAACACGAAGUCAGGAAACUUUUAAAGGAUUCGUACGAGCGGGCCAGGGCUCUCCUCAAGUCUCAUGCCAAAGAACACCAGAACCUAGCCAACGCCCUGUUGCAAUACGAGACGCUGGAUGCCAGAGAGAUCAAGAUGGUCCUGGAGGGCAAGAUGAGACUUCCAAGGGUGGAGCUGUCACUCUGUUUAAUUUGGGAGAUCGGGUGAGGGGUGGGAAGACAACAAAUCGCUGUCCACAGUGAUUUCAGUCUACGCAAACAGAGCUACGGAGCUGUACGUGUGUAUGUACAGUGCCUUCAGGAAGWAUUCACAGCCUGAAUUUAAAAYGAAUUAAAUUAAGUUUUUGUGUCACU